AUGCAGGCUCGCCCCUACGGCGAAGCACGUCUCCUGAACCGACCGGCCCUGAUCGAGUAUAAGCAUAUGCGUUUCCUAGUUUCGGACGCGCCUUCCGACAGCAAUUUGGCACUGUACAUCUCUGAAUUUGAGCGCCAUUGUGCCAAGGACGUGGUCCGUGUAUGUGAUCCUACCUAUACAACGACUCCCCUGAAUCAAUUGGGCGUCAAGGUCUAUGAUUGGCCUUUUGGGGACGGUGAGGGCCCACCUCCGGCGAUCACACGCGAUUGGAUAGACCUUGUUCGGGCACGAUUCGGUACGGACGAAGGAAAGACACCGGAGUGCUCCAUUGCGGUGCACUGCGUGGCAGGACUAGGGAGAGCACCAUUAUUAGUGGUCAUUGCAUUGAUUGAAGAAGGAAUGACCCCAGAGGAGAGUAUUGCCUAUGUGAGAGAGCGCAGGCGCGGGGCCUUAAAUGCCAAGCAGACUAAGUACAUUAUGGAUUACAAGCGGAGAAAGUCUCGCAAAUCAAAGUGCACCAUCUUGUAG